GGCUGGUGAUGUUGUGGCUGGGCCGACCUGCGGAGCUUGGGCUAAGGCCGAGGGAUGGCCAACGUGCGGGUGGCCGUGAGGGUGCGGCCGCUGAGCCAGAGGGAGACCAAAGAAGGAGGAAGAAUUAUUGUGGAAGUUGAUGGCAAAGUGGCAAAAAUCAGGAAUUUAAAGGUGGACAGCCGAUCAGAUGGCUUUGGUGACUCCCGGGAGAAGGUUGUGGCAUUUGGCUUUGAUUACUGCUACUGGUCAGUCAACCCAGAGGACCCCCGCUAUGCAUCUCAGGAUGUGGUGUUCCAGGAUUUGGGGACAGAAGUCCUGUCUGGAGCUGCCCAAGGCUAUAACAUAUGCCUCUUUGCCUAUGGGCAGACAGGCUCGGGGAAGACGUACACGAUGCUGGGGACCCCGGCCUCUGUCGGGCUGACGCCACGGAUAUGUGAGGGUCUCUUCCUCAGAGAGGAAGACUGCGCCCCACUGCCUUCCUCCUAUAGGAUCAAAGUAAGUUUUCUGGAAAUUUAUAACGAACGAGUACGGGAUCUGUUGAAGCAAUCUGAUCAAAAAAAGUCAUAUACCCUGCGGGUCAGGGAGCACCCAGAGAUGGGGCCCUAUGUACAAGGUUUAUCUCAACAUGUAGUUACCAACUAUAAGCAAGUGAUUCAGCUCUUGGAGGAGGGAAUAGCAAACAGAAUCACAGCAGCCACCCAUGUUCACGAGGCCAGCAGCAGAUCCCAUGCCAUCUUCACGAUCCACUAUACGCAGGCAAUCCUGGAGAACAACCUCCCCUCUGAAAUCGCUAGCAAGAUCAACCUUGUGGACCUAGCAGGCAGUGAAAGAGCAGACCCCAGUUACUGCAAGGACCGGAUUACUGAAGGAGCCAACAUCAACAAGUCUCUCGUGACUCUAGGCAUUGUCAUCUCCACCUUAGCCCAGAACUCUCAAGUAUUUAGCAGCUGCCAGAGCCUCAACAGUGUCACCAGCGAUGGUGGUGACAGUGGGAUUCCUAGCUCUCCUGGGGCCAGCAGUGGAGGGGGACCCUCCCGGAGGCAGUCUUACAUCCCAUACCGGGACUCGGUGUUGACCUGGCUGCUGAAGGACAGCCUUGGAGGCAACUCCAAAACCAUCAUGGUUGCCACCGUGUCUCCUGCACACACUAGCUACAGUGAGACCAUGAGCACGCUGAGAUACGCAUCCAGUGCGAAGAACAUCAUCAACAAGCCACGGGUAAACGAGGAUGCAAACGUAAAGCUGAUCCGAGAACUCAGGGAAGAGAUUAGGAGACUGAAAGCCAUGCUGCUGAGCUUCGAACUGAGAAACUUCAGUUCACGGAACGAGGAAAAGGAUGAACAUCUGAAGGAGCUGGUUCUCCAGAAUGAAUUGAAGAUAGACCAGCUGACUAAAGACUGGACCCAGAAGUGGAAUGAGUGGAAGGCCCUCGUGGAGCAUUACAGAGUGGACAUCAACAGGAGGCGGGCUGGGGUGGUCAUUGACUCCAGCCUGCCACACUUGAUGGCUUUGGAGGACGAUGUGCUCAGCACAGGCGUGGUGCUCUAUCACCUCAAGGAGGGGACCACAAAAAUAGGAAGGGUUGACUCAGACCAGGAACAGGAUAUUGUCCUGCAGGGUCAGUGGAUCGAGAGAGACCACUGCACUAUCACCAGCGCCUGUGGGGUCGUUGUUUUGCGGCCCGCCCAGGGGGCCCGCUGCACCGUCAAUGGCCGGGAGGUCACUGCAUCCUGCCGUCUGACCCAAGGAGCAGUCAUAACGCUGGGGAAAGCUCAGAAGUUCCGAUUCAACCACCCGGCAGAGGCCGCCGUCCUCCGGCAGAGAAGGCAGGGUGGAGAGGCCGUGGGUGGCAGUGGCUCUUUGGAAUGGCUGGACUUGGACGGAGAUGUCACCGCCUCCAGGUUGGGUCUCUGCCCUUUGCUUUGGAAGAAAAGGAGAGUGCUGGGGGAGCAGAGAGACGAGGACCACCUGCCACCCAGGGCUGGAGAGUCGCUCCACAGGGCCCAGCGUCAGCAGCAGCAGGGCUAUGUCGGGGAUUUGCGGCAGCGGAUCCUAGUGGGACAGAUUAGAUCCCAACAGGACCUGGAAUUCGACCAGGCGCAUGCUGGCCGGCACAUUCAAAAUGACCAGCAGUGGCUACUCAGAGAAGAGACCUGGCUAGCCAGCUUGCAGCAGCGACAGCAGCAACAUCAGGACCACGCAGCAGAGAAAGAACUUGAGGCCUCUGUGACAACGGAUGCUUGGCUCCAGAGAGAUCCUGAGACUCAGCCAUUCCCAGUGGUCCACAGCCGGAAGCGGGUGGUGCGACUGCAGCUCCUGCAGAGACGUGCUCUUCGGGCAACUGAAAGGAACAUCCGGCGGAAAAAGGUCUCAUUCCAGCUAGAGAGAAUCAUCAAGAAGCAGAAGCUGCUGGAGGCCCAGAAGAGACUGGAGCAGCUCAAGGCUUUAUGCUGGUUCCGGGAUGACCGCCCCCAGAAGCCCCCACACCAGGUCCCCAGCCCCGAUGCCGGGGUCCUGGGGCCUCAAUGUAGAAGCAAAUCGACAAGUUGCAGCUCUUUGAGCCUCCAAAGGCUCUGCCUCCGGUACCUGCCCCAGUUACACAGUGUUUUCCUGAGUCAGGAGAUCUCCGACACAUUACCUUCUAUUCCUGACUUAACUGACCAAACAUCAGAGAAAAGCCCAUCAGAAGCCUGUUUGCCCCCAGCUGCUUCUUACCCUCCAAGGACACGGAGUUUCAGCACCAAUGCCCUCCGUUCCUCAGGCGAGGGCCAGCUGUGCACAGCCCAGGCGGCUUUGGCUGGGUGGGCGGCCUCAGCCCCAGGCGCCUGCCUCACCCUGAGCUCCAAGUCUGCCCGCAUCCAGGAAAUGGAGAGAGUGGGUAAGCAGCCCCGUCGGAUGGUGUCCCAGAGCUUAGCCUCUCUGGGCCAACCAGUUAACAAGCCGAAGCCAACAGUUGAGCCAGGGGCCCUGCCCCCUUCCACGCAGACCAGGAGGGCUAAGGGACCAGCAGAGCGGCGAAAAGGGCACCUUGGGACCCACAAGUCUACUACAGAAGCCGCUUGCAGUUCCUCACAUCCCCGUGGACCCAAACAGGCAGUUGGGCGUGGAAAGUCAGCCAAGACUUUGGGGGUAGAAUCCAAACCACCUUCUCCAAGCAGGGCAUCAACAGGGCAGCAGAGGGUGCUGGCCGCCAGGGUCAGAGACAUUACCAAAAAGUCCUCUCACUGGCCCCAUGGCAGCCCUUUGAAGAGACAACACAGUGCAGGGGACCCAGACGCCACGGCCUCAUUCACAGAUUCCAGCCCAGUAGUGGGUCACACAAGAGAAAAAGAUGGUGAUUUCUCUGAUGCAGAUAGCAGUUACUCAGUGGAUUCUCUCUCCUGUGUCUAUGCCAAAGCCCGGACGGAGACUCUGAAGCCAGAGGACCUGCAGGGGGAGGAGCGAGAUCUCCCAGAGCCAGAGAACUCUGAAAGUGACUGCAGUCAAAUAUCGGAGGACUCGCUGGCUGAGAAGGGGUACCGAAGGCCACAGGACAACCCAGGGGGUACUGAUCUCCCCAACAGCCACGGCCACCUCAGGGCCAGAGCUAGAGACUCAGUGAGGAGCUUCACCACCUCCUCAGACUGUGGACUGUUUGCCCCGGCUCACAGGAGCUUUUCGCUGGACAGCCUGAUCGAUGCUGAGGAAGGACUGGGGGAGGAGCAGCAAGAAGAGCCUUUCCUUGGUUCAGCUGACGAGAUGCCCACAGAGACUUUUUGGCACCUGCAGACCUCCAGUGUGCCCAUGGUGGGCCAGGAGGCAAUGUGCAGGCUGGGUCCCAUCAACCACAGAGCAGGAGCCAGGCUGGAUGCCACGCUGCCAAUGAGCAGUUCAUUUUACCUGGAUGCCCAGUCCCAGCCCCGCUGUGAGCAGCCUGAGUCGGAGGUGGAGGCAAACUCCUCAGAACAAGUCACCACUCUCCAGGGCAUGCAGGUGUCCGGAGCAAGCCCUCUGUUAUCCUUGGAUUCCUGGUUUUCCUGUGACUCCAAGAUCGAUCCCAGUAGCCCCCCAGGAAUCGUGAGUUCUUUAUGUCCAAGUCCUGAUGUCCAGGAAUUUCAGCCCUGUGGUUGGGAGAGGCCUGGAUACUGGCUAAAUACGGAAGAAGGAAAGCCAUCGUGUACAGAAGCAGUCCUGCCUUACAGCUCCAAACUGCCCCCGGGCGGUGCUGAGCUGCCCUACAGUGUAAAAGCUGUGUACACAAUCCCUGCUUCUGAUGCCUCUAGACUGUCACUCUGGGGGUCUUACAGGCUUCUUCAGCAAGGAGCUGAUGGCUCCUUUCAGGCCAGAGGUGUCCCUGCCACGGUCCAACAGGGCAACUGUGACGCAUCCAACAACUGUAGUGUGUCAAGCGUGCUGGCUGCCUCCGCCGCCUCAUUUGCCCAUGUAGGCAGCGCCCGUGAGAAGGACUGGGCUGCCCUUCAGACGAAGUACCUGCUUGAACUAUCACAUCCUGUCUUGGAGGCCAUAGGAGAGCCCAGGCCAACUGUCACCUCCCUUGAGGAAAACUCUGGUUCCCUGACCCAGGCGACUGGCAAACGAGGAGAAGCUCUAUUGGCAGUUGGUUCUGGGGCAUCUAGCAGUCUGGAUUUCAACAACUUCCCUGUCCAUCUAUCCAAACUUAGGCAUUCGAGAGCAGAGAAACAACAGGACAGUUUGAGUGUCGAAUUAGAAGGUACUUCAGAUUUCUUUACAACUAGUGAGAAAGAGGUGAGUUACAGUGGGAAUUAUUCAGCAGACGUAGAAUCAUUGACUUCUGGAACAACAAAUGCACUGGCCUUUGCUGCAGAGAACAAGGUAACAGAUUCCAUGACAGAAGCAUGUGAAAUCAAACAGAACAACUUUGAAGAGUCCUCUCAGAGUAGCAGGGAGCCUGGCUUGAUGACUUCUUCUGAUGACUGUUUCUUCCUGAAGAACCUUUGUCACAGUAAUGUCACCAUAGCCACCAAAGAAGACCAUUGGCCCCAAGGCUGGGCUCCUCUUGGGAAGAAUCGUGCAGGCCAGGUGGGGCCAUUAAGUUACAGCAACCACCACCCCCUACAGGAAGCUGAGGCAGACUACCACGAGAGCUCCAAGAAAGUUCUUGGAAGACACACCGAUCUUUCCUUUGCCUUUCCGUUAGGUCCAGAGCUGUACCUCCACUCUGCUCCCUGGAAUCCAUUUCCAUCUUCCCUGCAGCCGCCUCUCUUGGAAACAGUCUAUGUGACCAGAAGCCGGGAUGCCCUGACAGAAACUGCCUUGGAGAUCCCGGCUUGCAGGGAAGCAAGAGUGCCUUCCCCACCCCCCAGGGAAGCCUGGGGCUUUGGUCAUGACCACCAAGGUCUCCAGAAUGUUUAUGUGAAGAAUAAUUUACCAGUGCUGUUGCAAAAACAGAAUUCCAAGAUUACCUCAUCUCAGCAGGUCACAGCAGAGAGACCAGUCGGUCUGAACACCCAGGAAGUUAGCGGAGAAAUAGGGAAAUGCCCUGGAAAUGUUCAAGAAGAAAGCCAUCAUUCUGUUUAUUUUUUUGUUGCUCAGAAUAGACAUGUUCUUACAUCUACCAGCACAAAAGUAUGUGAAUUUGAAAAUCAAGUUGGAAAUUUAAAUAUGUACAGUCUUCCAGCUCUCGAGGAGGGAGAAAAGGCCACUGUACAGUCCUAUUGCAGUGUCUCCUCAGACGGUUCUGGGUCCAGGAAGCCUCCCCUUGUUUGGGAACCUGAAACCGUUGGAGAAGAGCAGGAUCCACAUGCAGUCCUCAGACAGACCCAGGCCUUCGAUAGGAACAGACAGUUCCCUUCUGGGGCUAGGUCUGGUUUCAUCCAUGAAGCCAUCAGUUUAGGUCCUGACAGGGACAUGCUAGGGGAAACUUCUCUUCCUUUGAAGUCUAGAUCAGUACGUCAUAGAGUAAGCAGCCCAGAGACAAUGGCCCAGGAUGAGAGUCCAACCCACAAUGGGGAAGGGAAGAAUGAAACUCGGCUGUCGGGAAAAUUUCUCCAUCCCAAAGACAGCUUGGAAGAAUUUAAGCUUCCAUGGACAGAGGCUACGCAUGAAAGAUUCCAGUCAGUUCCGUGCUCUCAGGAAAGAAACCUCAGUGAAUGCAAGGGCCCUGGAAAGUCACAAGAAACAUUAAAUCCCAAAGAACCACCUUCGGGAAAUAAAAAGAAUAAAAGAGUUCAUAAUGCUGAUGAAAUGGCGAAGCUAAUUAAGAGUGUCAUGCAGCUGGAAAAUGGUAUCUUAGAAAUGGGAUCCCAGCAGAAGAAGCACUUGUGUGCUUCCCACACACUGGGCGUCAGUACCACUGUGUUCCAGGGCCACAGUGACCAGGAGAUGGCUGGCCGUGUCCUGAGGCCAGGCAGCUCUGGAAACCACUUGUCCUUCAAGGAUCAGCCAUCUCCAAAGCAGACAGAUGAUGCCAUGUUUAGUGAUGGUGAAGCUGAAGAAAUGGAGGCUAACAGUAGCAUUGGGGAAGAUUCCCAGGCCCAGAAAAUUACCCUGAGCCCCUUCAUGUCAAGGGAAUGGGUACAAGAUCUUAAAUUUGUGAGGGAGCCCACCCACGCAGCUGUAGGAGACACACCCGCCGGGGACACUUGUGAUUAUUUAGGGACAUGUCCAGCUCCCACAGAGUCCACCAACACUUCUGCUAAUCCAAGGAGAACGAAAGCGUCGGCUGGAGCUGUGCCGUUGCAGGCCAGGCCCGAGAGGUCUUCUGAGAAGGAGGGCACGCUGGUGCGUGGGUCAGCCAGCCCCAGAGGGCAGCCCUGUGGCUGGGGAAGUCUUGAGGAGUCGGAGCCUGUGAAAGGUUUUCAGGAAAGCCAAGUUGCCAAACCCGAAAGUAGUUCUAAGCAAGAGGAACCAGAAGUUCAAGGCAGAGUCAAAGAAAUGGCUACGCAAAGAGGAGAGAGCCUACAGCAGGAAUACCAAAUGGUCUCAUUGACUCAGAAACGUCGAAGUCCAAGCCAGCAUUGUAUGGGCACGUUUCUCAGCCAGGAGAGCAGCCCGUGGCUGAGCCGGCCAGCAGCCCCUGCGGCUCCUCACACCUCGUCCUUGCAUUCCCCGAGGCUGCCGAGCAGCUCUCUGCACGCGCCUGAUACUGUAGGCAUCUCUUCAGUCGACUAUGUGCUAGAUCCUACCGUGCUGAAAAUGCCUGACAGUCUCUGGGUGCCCGGAGCAGGGUGUCAGGGCCAGUGUGGAGAGCUCAGAAGCCACAGCCCUCAGGGAAAUGUGAGAGGCGGCUCCUCCGUGGCACAUACUGCUGGGUGUGUGUCUGCCAUCUCCAUGGCUGUGGGAUCUCAGGGUCAGUCCAGUGCACCGGACAGCAGGUCCCCGGGUGCUGAGGGCCGGAGACCUGCAAGCACCAGCCCUCAAUACCAAAGAGGGGACCCCAGAAGCACCAUGAUGGGCUCAAGUACCAGGGUUAGUUCUGCUUCUGAAGCUGAGGCACAAGGAGGAACAGAAAGAGCCAGUUCCCUGAACAGGGUCUCUAGCCCGCUUGAAAAGAGGGCCAGCUGUCCUUUAGAAGAAGGUAACGACCGAGGCAGGGAGGUGAAGCAGAAGGCAGAGAAGGAGGCCGAGGCCCUCAGUUCUCCCAGUGCUGCUUUCUCAGCACCUGUGUCUCUGCCAAGGGCGCCAUCCCUGGAGCCCACGGCCCGUCCACCCACAGGCCUGGCUGUGCUGGAGGCCAAGGACCAGGGAAAGCAGCUUCAUGACUUGCUGGCUGGAGGCACAGUCCUUCCGUACUAUGAGACGUUAUUAGAACCUGAAUGUCCUUCCAGGGCCCCUGGCAGGCCUCAGUGUCAGCAAAUGGACCAGCCAGUGUCAGACAGGCCCAGGUAUGAGGGCGAAGCUCAGGGCUUUCACGUGGCAUCUCCCUCUGCGGAACCAGGACGUCUGGGGGCUGAUAAGAGGCAGGUGCUUCAGGCCACAGCCCUCGCUACAGAAAGCUCUCAACCUGUGCCCAGCGCCGAGGUCAGCACAGGGCCACGGCCGCCCUCACAGACUUCCUCCCAUGCUGACCCUUCGCUAGGCAACAGCCAUCGUUCUGGGGAACUGAGACGUUACCUGGGAGCAGGGGAAGAGUUUAUAUGUCACUGCAGCGCUUUGGAAAUCGGAGAGAAAAAGAAAGAAGCGACUAGAACACCUUCUGAUCCUUUGGGCUCAGACGGUCUUCCUUCAGGAGCUGCAGAGGAGGACAGGAGGGUCAUACCAGAGAGAGACACGGCUGCCUUACCUUCUCAGGACCCGUCCGAUGAUCCGGGACUGAGUGGGCCUGGGCACAGCAGCUCAGCUCCCUGGGUGGCUGCAGAGCGCCAGCCCUCUGGUGGUCAGGAGAGCAGCCCAGUGCACCACGAGCCUAGAGCCCUGGACACCACAUAUGGAGGAGGCUCAGCUAACUUCUUGGUGGUUGCACAGGGAGGGAAAACAGCCUGCUUGGAAAGGCAGCUUGUGAUCUGUGAUGUUCAGAAUUCUGGCAGCCUCUCAGCGCCUAACCAAGACCACGGCCACGGCCUCAAAGCUUCCAACGUCUUAGAAGAAGGGAGGGCAAGUCCCAAACAAGGCACCAUCCUGCCUGGAGCCUUGAGAAGGCUUGAACUGGAGGCUCCCUCACAGCAGAGUGUGAGGUGGGCGGGGAAUGUUGGUUCUGGGCCGACAGAAGCCUGCAGGGCUGGCAGCAGCCAUCCCAGACCAAGUCCACUGCCAGAUCAAAGACCCAGCGCAGAUCCUGGGGGAGGGGGAGAGGAGGCCUCGUGCAGGUGCCCGCAGGACACUUCAGAGUGUGUUGUCUUCUCAGGGAGCAUGGAAGGUCCAAGGACUCUCAGCCCAUCUCGGGGGCAAGAAGACAGCAGAACUCUUCCUUGCAGACAACUCUGCAACCCUCAACCCAUUGCUUCUCAUGCCUGCUCCCCCCCUUCCUCCACUUUACUGAGUUACAGCAAUGGUGACCAGGGGAGGGGGACCUCUGAGGCCACCCCACAGCCUCCCCAAGCCCCCUGCAUAGUAUCUGCCAGGGCCUGUGGAGUGGACGAGAGAGGAGACAGCUAUUCUGGGAAACCUGACGUGUUCCUGGCACGUGGCCUUGAGCCCAAAAGCAUUUGUGUGAAAUCUGAGCCAACAGACAGCAGUACCCGGGAGCCCUCUGCUGCUGCUGCUGUCCUGUCUCUGGCUCAAGGAUGUAGCACCCCUGCUGCCUCUGACGUGAGGACAGUUCCCCUCCUCCACGCAGGUGCUGAGGGAAGCUCAGGGUCAGGAAGGGAUCCUGAGAAAAAGGUUGCUGAGCAGAAAACCAGCACAGAGCUUGAGGCUGUCCCUUUCCCUGCAGGUGUGUACUCUGAGCCACUUCGGAGCUUCCAGGACAACUCAAUCAGUGGCCAGAAUGCACAGCAGUCUCAAACCAAGCCUGAACUACCUGCAACAACCAGGAAACCUCACCCCCUGAAUUUAAGUGCAGAGUCUGUUGGGUGUAAGCUGCUGGUGGAACCACAGCAUGGAUGUUUAGAAAAUGCCAUCAGCUGCCUUCCAGAAAAGCCACAACUUCCCACCGAGUCCAGGGGUCACAGUGGCUUAGGUCCCCCAGCCAAGCUCAUAGCAGAGUUAGAGCAUGUCUCCAAACCACAGGCUAAGAGGCCCUGGGAGGAGGAAGAGAAGCAGAGAGAGCCAGGUUCAGGUGGUGGUGAAAACCCUGCCCAGGGCAGCUGUCCUCCGCGUCCCGAUGAAGGUGGCUCAGACAGCUGUCUGACUAUAAAUGCAGGCAGAGAGGAGGGGCCUGCAGCCAAGGCCGCUGUGUCCCAGACGUUCCCAUCAGGCUUUGAAGACCCUGCUGCUGCCCCUGUGGGGCCCAUGGACCAGAGCCCUGGCCUGCCUUCCCCUGGCGGUGAGCAGCCGGCUCCCUACCACAGACGCUCGCUUCCUGUCAUCGCCAUCUUCUCUGGCUCUCCAAACUCCAGGUCCUCCCCCAAACCACAGUUCUCUGUGGUCAGCUCUUCCUGGUCCCUUCAGGAGCUCAACUUGAGUGUGGAGCCUCCUUCCCCCACAGAUGAAGAGACACAGGAGCCUAACAAAUUGUGGAACCCCCGUCCUUGGGGCCGUUCCUCAGGAAAGUCAGCGGCAGCACCUCUGCAAGCCGAGGACUGCAGUCAGAAAGCCUCGCUUACCUCGGGCAGGAGCCCUGCUGAUCACGAGCCCUGUCAGCCUGCCAGCCCUCCUUACCCAACGGCGUCAGCUCCCUCAUGCAUGCCAAGCCCCGACUUCAGGAGCAGCUGGAUGCCUGGUACUCCGGCACAGGCCUGGCGGGGGAGCUCAGAGAGGCUGGGCGGCUGGCCUGGGCCAGCGACGUGGCUCUCGGAGGCGGACAGAGGAGUGUUGCACUUUGGCUCCAGUGACAUCGGUCCCAGUGUCCUGCCCCAGCACCCAGAGGGCCCUGCGCACAUCGGCUGGAAGCAGUAUGUGUUUGGCAGUGCGGUUGACGUCUCCGGUAGCCAGACGUCCCAGGGCCUCGAGCCGCCCAGUCUGGCCCGGUGCUCCAGCAUGGACAACGGCCUAGGAGACCGGAAUAGCUCGGUCCACUCCCACCUCAGCACCUAUGCCAGGGCCCAGGGGCUGGCGAGCCCACGUAGCACCAUUGCAAAUGUCCAAGGUUCACGUGAGGCCUGGAAAGUAUGGGGUUCCUCGCCUGCCUUGGGGAACCCCCAUGUCCUGACCGGUCCUGAAGGGGCAGCCCCCACUAGGAGUCCUGACAAGAGAGCCCAGUUGCCAGGCACCCCUGAUGAAGCAGGCUGUCUGAGGGGUGAGCCCCCCUGGGCUGAAGGAAGUGCUGCAGGGCUAGUGGAUGAGAUUAUGCUGCUGUACCCAUCAGAGGAGGGCGGCCCUGUGGGACAGCCCCGGAUGAGCAGCGUGGAGCAGGGCACACAGACCCUGGGCUGCAGGCCCCACGGGGGCCACCCUGACGGCUUGUCUGCUGCGCCGGAAGCCAGCGCAGGGCCAGUCUCGGACCUGAUCUCCUGGACCAGCAUGCACAGCCUGUCUCUACACCUCUCGCAGCUCCUGCACAGCACCUCAGAGCUGCUGGGGAGUCUCUCCCAGCCAAGUGUGGUUGAAAGGGAGCAGCACACCAAGAGGGACACCCCAGAUGAGGUGGCCCCGGCCCUUAGGACAGAUGGCUGUACUCAGACCACCGUGGAUGAGGGUCUCCAGACGGACCUGGCCCCACCCCCUCUGUCCCUCCAGGCCCCAGAGGCCAGCCCUCAGGAGAGCGGCAUGGUGCUCGAAAUGCUGGGCUCAGCUGUCUCCUCCAUGUCUCAAGAAAAGGGACAUGUCCCAGGGACUCCUCAGAAGACAGAGGCAGAGGGAGCAGCAUGGAAAAUGGCAGGACCUCCAGAUCUUCAGGAAGAAAGCACCCACUGCAGGCCUCCAAGCCCUCCCGUACCUUCCUCCCACGUGAGGUUUCAGAAGGCCCCCUCUGGGCAGAACCUCCCUUGUGUGGGCCCUCAGGCUUCUCCUGAUGCUGCGCUGCCCACCGGCUCCCAGCCAGAGGAUCCCGGUCUGGCUGUCAGCAGCCCCAGCCUCAGUACCUCUCACUCCCCAGGGCCCUGCCCCUGUGCUGUGGAGCCUGUUGGGGAGCCUGGGGUGCAGAAGAAGCUGGGCCCCACGAGUGCCUUGUUGGUAGACAGGGCCUCCUCCCCAAUCCUCAUUCUCAGUGCCAGCACUCAAGGGGCAGGGCUCCCCCUCGGUGCUUUGUUCCUCUCAGCCCCCUCAGCUCGACCUCUUGAAGGCCACCAGAAGCUCGUUGCCAGCCCAGACCUUCCCCUCGAGGCCCCCAGGCCUCCAGUGAGUAAUUCUCAAACCACUGAUGAGUCCAGUAGCCCCCAGAGAGUGGGGACUCCAUGUAGAGAAAGCAGAAGUCCCUUAGAAAGGAGCGACAGCAGGUCCUUGCCUGAGGUAACCCCCGCACGCAGCCUGCAGCAGAGCCCGGAGCUCCAAAUUCGUAUCUUAGAGAAGCCCUGUCAGCGGCUUCAAACCCGGACCCCCGCCUGGGACCAGCGCAGACUGUUGUCUCUACCACUGAGGAGUAGGAGCCAGAGGCCUGCUGAUGGCUUUGUCCCUGAGGACAUGGCUUCCCUGAAGUGUGGCCCCCUGAGCAUUAGGAGGCUGAGUGGAUGGCAGAACAGGACUGAAAAUGGGGCUGAGAGUCCAGCAUGUCCAGUGGAGCUGCAGCCCACUCCGGACCUGUCUUCUUCCCUGGGAGGCCCCCAGCACCCCAGCCCCUGCCCUGGCCCUGAGUUGACUGAUGACACAGGGCUCCAGGGUCCUACCUUGGGCCCAGCUGAGGCCUGCCAACCUCAGGGGCUGCUGCGCCCCAGUUCUCAAAAGUGCAGGGCCCCUGAGCCCCAGCACCACAGCCUGAGGGACCUCCCAGUGCACAACAAAUUUAGUAAUUGGUGUGGGGUUCAGAACAACUCUCCUGGGGGGCUAGGUGUGGUGGAGUUGCUGGGGUCCAGACGUGAUCUCAGCUCUGGAGAGGAGGGGCAGAGGCCCCCCCAACCUCCUGACGACCAGAGCCGGGGUCCUGAGUGGCCCCGGAGGGAGCAGAUCCCCCUGCAAGUUGGGACCCAGAACCUCUCACUCAGUGUGGAACUCACGGAAGCAAAACUGCACCGUGGCUUCGGGGAGUCCGAUGCCCUGCUCCAGGUGCUGCAGAGCGGCAUGGGGGAGGCACUCGCUGCUGACAGACCUGGGCCGUCCACCUGGGAGGAGCUCUACGCCCGGCAAAAACAAACCAUUGAGACCCUCCGGAGACAGCGGGCUGAGCGACUUCAGAACUUCCGUCGGACACGAAGCCUCAGCCCCCAGAAACAGCUGAGCCUCCUGCCCAACAGGGAUCUACCCACCCGUGACCUUGACUUACCCAGCAGGCGCCGAGAGUACCUGCAGCAACUGAGGAAGGAUGUUGUGGAUUCCACCAGGAGCUCAGGGUUGGCAUCAAGGUCUGCUCACCUGCCCUCUGACAUAGAGCUGACGCUACGAGAAUACCAGCGGGCCCGCGCGGAGGCCAAGGUGGAGAUUGCCCAGGCCCGGGACCGACUGCGGGAGCGGACUGAGCAGGAGAAGCUGAGAAUCCGGCAGCAGAUCCUCUGCCAGCUGCUGAGGGAAGAGGAAAAGCUACAUACCCUGGGCACCUCCAGCUCGCUGUGCACCAGCUCCAGCGGCAGCCUCUCCUCUGCCGUCACCUCUGGCUACAACAGCAGUCCAGCCCUGUCAGGCCGGCUCCAGUCCCCGGACAGUGUGGGGGACGCCAACUUGCUCGACUCUGGAGACUCCUGGAUGGGGGAUGUGCGGGGUCGUUCUGCCGUGAGGAACAGCCCCCUGAGUCUGGCCGGGGCUGCCUGGAAGGGCUCAGCCCACAGCCGCAGAGCCUCCCUGGGCAGCUGCUGCUGUUCCCCGUCCAGCCUGUCGAGCCUGGGGACCAGCGUCUCCUGCUCCUCCUACCAGGACCUGGCCAGGCACAUCGUAGACAUAUCCAUGACUGACGUGAUGGCUGCUUGCUCGGAUGAUCUGCACAACCUCUUCAGCCGCCAGGCAGCAGCCGGUUGGAACUACCAGGGUGAGGAGCAGGAGGUACAGCUCUACUACAAGAUGUUCUCUUCGACUCGGCAUGGCUUCCUGGGGGCCGGCGUGCUGUUCCAGCCGCUGUCUCACGUGUGGGCAGCUGUGAGUGACCCCACCCUGUGGCCCCUGUACCACAAGCCCAUCCAGACAGUGAGGCUGCAUCAGCGGGUCACCAACAGCAUCAGUUUGGUGUACCUGGUGUGCAGUCCCACCCUGUGCGCCCUGAAGCAGCCGCGGGAUUUCUGUUGUGUCUGCGUGGAAGCCAAAGAGGGGCACCUGUCUGUCAUGGCAGCUCAGUCCGUAUAUGACACAUCCAUGCCGAGACCCAGCAGAGAGAUGGUCCGAGGGGAGAUCCUGCCCAGCGCCUGGAUCCUGCAGCCCCUCACUGUGGAGGGGAAGGAGAUCACCAGAGUCAUCUACUUGGCCCAGGUGGAACUUGGUGCUCCAGGUUUCCCCCCUCAGCUGCUAAGCUCCUUCAUCAGACAGCAGCCGCUGGUUAUAGCCAGACUGGCUUCCUUCCUUGGUAGUUAGCAUGUCACUGUCAACAUGGUGCUGCUGAGACGCAGGCCCAGGACACUCCAGAGACGCCGGGGCAGCUCCUGUUACUCUCCACCCUGCUGCAGGAAGAGCCGAGCUGCUCGCGGUGCCGACUGGGCAGACAGUACUCAGCCCUGAGUUGCCAGCGAAGCCCAGUCAGUACUUGGUCACAGCUGGCACCUGUGCAGCGCCUCAGCUCAUGAAGCUCAACCCCGAGAAAUGAAGCUCAACUCACCUUCUUGAACUUCUCACCUUUCUUUCCUGUUUCUGGGACUCUAUGGCAGACAAGCUGCUUGAGGGCCAGGAUUGCACAGCCAACAGAGCGGGGAGCCUGCAGGGCUUCCUUAGUGCGGCCCAGCCCUCGGGCUGGUAGGGAGGCAGCCAUUGGCUAAGACUCUGCCGCCAGCAUUCAGUCCCACCGUGGGAUGGAGUGUCAGAAAAUACCCAACAGAAAACUGGUUUUAAAAAACUGCUGCACAAACCAGAACACGGAUUCAGAAUCGUUUCUCCUUUAAUUUUUACCAAACACUUUAUUAAUUUUUCCUUUUCCCCCUCUCUUCCUUUCCCUCACAGGAGAGGAUUUUGGGUCUUUGCCUCAGUCAGGAGUGUUGAGCAGAGCUCGGUAGACUGAGCCCACUGUAGAAGCAGGUUGGACAGAUCUGAGUUCACAGUGGGGCCUAGCUCUUUAAGGGAGGAUGGUGCAGACUUAGGAGGUGGGCAGCCAGCUGCUGGCUGCUGCCGAGAGCAAUGUCAGAGGUGAAAAACUGGAAGACGGAGAGAAGGUAAGGGAACUCCUAGGGGCGUUCCAAGGCUCCUUACCUCGGCGCCUCGGGCUCAGCCUCCAGGGGUCUGUGAGCACGUCAGGCUGCUGCUGUAGCCCAGCGACCCCAGGACGGGAGGGACAACGGGUGGUUUUCUGGUUGACUGUGCAUGAGCUUUGAAUAUGCUGAGUGGUUACCUGGAAGUGGUAGGGAUGGGAGACUCCCAGCGUCAGUUCUGGUGUCCAGAAUCUUUGGUGGAAGAAGACGACUAUAUGGGGAUCAAGAUGUGCUAAAAAGGUAAAUUUCUGUAGAGUACAGCAGAGAUUUAUUUUUCUAAAAGUGUUUGGAGGAUUUUUCUUCUCUUACCUCAAAUUAAGUUAUUUAUACGUUGUUGAUUGAAGGUUAAUUGCCUUUAAACUUUUAUUUUUCUGGUUAGUUUUUUUGGUGACACUUGGUAUAUUUAACAGCCUAUUUAUGUACUCUCAUCUAUUUUCAUAUAAAUCGCUCACCAAGACUGUUGAUUGAAACGAUCAGGACACUUAUAAAUUAAAAUUCUGAUACGCACUUUUAUUAGUGAAGACUACCCAAGUGUGUCACUUGAGCUCAGAAUUUCGCCUGGGGAUGACGAUGGCAGUAACUCCUUGUGGCCUGGUUUCAAGCUAUGCAGUUUACACGGAGGUACUGAGCGCCUCCCAGGGCUCGGCACUGCUUUGAGGCACGUAAAUAGCAACCAGAUUAGUUGCCCAGUUAUAGUCAGCUGUAGCCCAAAAAUGAACAAUGAGGGAGGAUUCCAGAAGUCAUUGCCACACCUAACGGUGACCACGGUCCCCUGGAAGGAAGCUCCUUAGCAGGUGUGCAGCUCUGGGGCUUCUGAGGCAGAGCCAGCAAGGGCAAUACGAACGUCUGGGUAGCCCAGAGGUGACCUUGGCCCCUUACUAGAGAAGCCACAUGCCAGGCCUGCGAGUCAACAACGUAAAGAAUGUUAACUGAGGCUGAUCUCGUAGCAAAAUGUCGGUGUUAACGAUGACCACAGACCUCCAUGGUCAGGGUGAAGUCCGAUUUUAGUUUAGGCAAGUUUCUGAGACUUCACUGUACAGCAGAAUCACCUGAAGAACUUGUUACACCCCAGGCUGCGCCUCACCCCCGAGUUUCUGACUCAGUGAGCCUGGAGAGGGGCCCACACUUUGAAAGCCAGUUUUUAACACUAAAGGGCAAGCAGAUAUGUAGAAAGGAACCUCGUUAGCUCACUAGCUCAUUGGCUGCCUGCGUCUGUAAUUCCUAGGGCACCUGACUGCCUAGUGUGGGCCUUUACGGCUCCCGCGGGCCAGCACCGACUUCCGGAAGGGGGCAGUGCUCAGCGCGGCCUCUAACCAGCAUCCUCGGCCUCAGGCUUUCCCACGUGCCUGUCCAUCCCACCUCCCUCGGAGCUGCUGUCUGAAGUAGCUGCUGCUCACCUCGGGCCUCAGCCUCCAGGGGCGGUGCUUUCCUUCAGCCACAUCUAAUGGGUACAGAAAGAUAAAGCAUUUCUUAAAGCUGUUUUGGUUCCCAGGCAUUCAGAACUUCCUGAGUUUCUGUAAAAUAAAUUGGAUUUAAAGAACAAAGAUAAAAGUCUUUGAAAAAUAAAGAGAUUAAGAAAAAAG